CACAGCAACUUCUGCUUCUCCCCCCAGCCCAGGGAGGCAGUGGGGUCUACUGGUUAGAGCAAGGGGGCUGGGAGCCAGGAUCUGCCCCCCAUGGCCUCUCCUGACCCCCAAUUGAGGUCUCUGUCCGAGGAAUUCUCCUGCCCCGUGUGCCUGGACUGGCUGCAGGAUCCCGUCACCCUGCCCUGCGGCCACGUCUACUGCCAGGGCUGCAUCGAGACAACGUGGGGCACCCUGGGUGUCCCCCCUGCCUGCCCUGAAUGCCGGGAGCCCUGUCCCGACAGGAGAUAUGCCCCCUGCAGGCUGCUGACGAAGCUGAUCGACCAGGCCAGGGGGCUGAGCCCUGGUGGGGCAGAGGAGGGGGCGCGCCCAGGGGGCAGGUGCCAGGAGCACAGCGAACCCUGGAGGGUGGCGGGUGGGGCAUUCGCCGGGGAGCUCUGCAGAGAACCAGCCACAUACGAAAACCUCCGGUUCCUCCCCAUCCACCAGGCCACUGGGCAGCAUCAGGAGGAGCUGUCCUCAGCCAUAGCCCAGCUGGAGUCUAGCCUCGCUGGGGUCCUGAAGCUGAAGACGGAGAAGGAAGAGAGGAUUUGGAACCUCCAGGCGACGGUGCUCAGCCUGGAGGAUCACAUCUCCUCGGAGUUCGGGAAGCUGCGGGGCUGGCUGGCCACCCGGGAGGAGGAGUGGCAGGAUCAGCUGCGGCGGGCGGGCAGAGCCCAGCUGCGUGCGAUGCAGAGGAACCUGCAGGAGCUGGCGGGGAGAUGCCAGGCAGCCCAGGAGAUGCUCACCGAAGCCCAGGCCCGCCUGCCCCAGCAGAACACCAUGGAGUUCCUGACAGACAUAAAAUCUUCCCUGGACUGGAUGAAACAGCAACCGGCUACCCCUUGUGGGCCGAAUACAGGGUCCCUAUCACAGACUCUGGGGCAAUUCAAAGGGCCAAUCCAGUAUACUGCCUGGAAGGACAUGAAAUCCAUCCUCAACAUAGAUCUCCCCCGGGUGACGCUGGAUCCCGCCACGGCUCAUCCCUGCCUGGUUCUCUCGGAGGAUCGCACCUGGGUCCGGGAUGGCCCCCUUCGCCGGCCCCUCCCCGACACUCCCGCCCGCUUCGAUUUCUGCGUGGCCGUGCUGGGCGCAGGGGCGUUCGCCUCUGGGAGGCGCUACUGGGAGGUGGAAGUCGGGGAGAAGCCGGCAUGGACGCUGGGCGUGGUCCAUGCCUCUGUCAGCCGCAAAGGGAAGAUCCAUGCCUCCCCCAGCAAGGGAUUCUGGGUCAUUCGGCUCCGGGGCGGGGCCGAGCUCAUGGCUAAGGACACGCCCCCAAUGGUGCUCCACCCCCAGGCCCUGCCCCACAGGAUUGGGGUGUACCUGGACUACGAAGGGGGCCAGGUUUCCUUCUAUGAUGCCCAGGGCAUGGCCCACCUCUAUACGUUCAGUGCCCGGUUUGCAGAGAGUGUGUAUCCCUAUUUCUGCCCCGGGCUCUAUGAUUCGGGGGGGAACGCUACCCCCCUGAAAAUCUGCCCCUUGCCCUGAGCCAGCCAGUCCUCUGCCCUGGGGGCAGAUCGCAGCCAGCGCCCCCUAGAGG